CCGGGGAAGUGGGCAGUUUUGUAUUUGCCUUCAGCCGAUCUAAGGUCUGCUAUUUAAACGCUUCCUCAUUGGCGUUGGCCAACGUUCGACGCAAAUAAACUGAUUCCACGUCAGCCCUAACAGAGAGCCCCGAGGAAGGCAGGAAGUCAAACUGCUUACUACUGCGAUCCAAACUUUCAGACAUACGUAACAGACGGGCUGUUCGAAUCAUAGAAACUCGUCAUCUUCUUGCCUAUUUGCCAGCGAACCGCUUCUAGCAAUGGACAAACUUCGUCGUGUGUUAAGCGGCCAUGAGGAAAACGAAGAGUUGGGUCUCACUGACCAGAUCCUCGAUGCCAGCACUCUCAGCUACAGCACCAGGGUGAAAUGGUUCGUCAUAUGCUUCGCUGGAGGCAUCCUGUGUUCAAUACUGGGAUCAGCACUGUUGUUCAUUCCACAUGGAAUCAAACUUUUCGCUGUCUUCUACACUAUAGGGAACGUUGCAGCUCUUUCAAGCACCUGCUUCCUAAUGGGACCACUAAAUCAGCUGAAGCGCAUGUUUGAACCAAAGAGACUGAUAGCCACCAUUGUCAUGCUGCUGUGCUUUGUCUUAACUCUUUGUGCAGUGUUUUGGUGGCAUAAAAGGGGCCUUGCCAUCAUCUUCUGCAUUCUUCAGUUUUUGGCAAUGACCUGGUACAGCAUCUCUUACAUUCCAUUUGCCAGGGAUGCUGUGAUGAAAUGCUUCACAACCUGUGUGAGCUAGAACUCUGCAGCGUACAAUUGUAAAGACUUGUCCUAAUAUGCAAACUGUAAGAAAGGUAGCUCUGUAAAAUAUACAUCUGUGUUGUUUAUACGCUGUAUCUCCAGAUUUUUACCGUGGCUUGUUUCAUACUGUGAAUCCUCUUUUUAGGCUAAACUGUAAUCAGAUUAUAACAUUUUGCUUUGUAUGUGGAAAAAAUUAGUGCAUUUAAUGCUUAAUAUAUGAAAGAUUCCCCUUAGUUUGCUCUUUUCUUUUGAAGAUUUUAAAACAUGUUGCAUUGUGCAGGGAAAUGACGUUGAAUGAGUGGCUUUACGGUUUUACAUACAGUAUUUGAUAUAUUACUGUAUAUGCAAUAAUGUUCUGACUUUUCACACACAGCAUUAUUAAAACACGCUGUCCUGUAUGAGGCACUGAAGUAUGAUGCUCUUCCAUGUUUCUAUAUAAAUAUUU